UGGACACUUCUUUGCAAACUUAUUAAAAUAUGCCCAGAAACUCUGCAUCAUUUAACAGCUCCACAAGGAGUCGGAAAGGACUGGGAAGUUCUCAGCGUCCAUCAGCAAAUUCUUAAGAUGCUUAAAACCCACAGUGCUGAUGUGCAUCUUUCAACGGUUGGCUUGAAAGCAAUAAAUCUGCUCCUUUCUUCAGAUGAAAUCACACUUCUUCUCUUAGAAGAAGGGACUGAUAUAUUUUUAUUGGUAUUUGAUGCCAUGGAUACCUUUCCUGAUAAUGAAAAAAUCCAGAGAUACGGAUGCAAAGCUUUGCACAUGCUUUUAGAAAAAGUUCCCGAGGAGCAGCUGGUCGAAUUUGUCGAAGAGAACGAUCACUUGAUCAUAUUAAAAGUGUUUAAAAAGUUCCCCGAGAAGGAAAAUGUCCUCUGUUUUGCCCUUCGGUCGUUGUAUGUGCUGGCUGGACCACUUAGCAAUGCGGAAGUUCUUAUGUCUGGAAAUGUGCGGUGUUACAAUAUCAUAGUGGAGGUUAUGAAAGCGUUCCCCGCAUGUGAGCCAAUUCAGGAAGUCAGCUGCUGCCUGCUGCACAAACUUACUCUGGAAAACUUCUUCAAUAUCCUCGUGUUGAAUUCUGUACACGAAGUGAUCGUGAAGGCGGUAGAAACGUACCCUGAAAAUGAGAAACUACAAGCAGCAGGCCUUAGCUGCUUGGCUCUCCUCACGGAAACCAUCUUUUUAAACAGAGAUUUGGAAGAAAAAAAGGAAGAAGAAGAGGAGGAGGAGGAGGAGGAGGAAGAAAAUAAAUUAUAUUGGCUGGAGGCCUGCUAUAAAGCGUUAAAAUAUCACAGAAGAAAUAGUGAUGUGCAGGAAGCUGCUUGCUGGGCUUUGAACAAUCUGCUUAUGUAUCAACCUACCCUUAAUGAGAAGAUUGGGGAUGAAGAAAAAAAGUACCCAGCGCACAGAGAGAUGAUGUUAGCCAUGUUGAUGUAUUAUUCCUCUUCCAAAGAAGUGUUCCAGGCUGCGGCCAAUGCCUUAGCUACUCUCGUGAAGCAAAAUGCAAAUGCCAGACAAAUUCUCUUGGCCAAAGGCAUACAUAUGAACGUGCUGGAGAUCAUGCGGAAACGGUCAGAUUCUCCCGAAAUUGCAGAAAGCGCUUGCCGAUUGCUGAACCAUGCUUUCGAAGGAAGGUUCUUACAGUUGGAUAUCAUGAUUGCUGCUGCAUCUGGAUGUAUAAAGACUAUGAGGAAGCACAAAAGUUUGCCGUCGGUGCAGUUAGAAGCACUUAAAGUCAUUUUACGUUGCCUGGUUCCAGGAGUGCUACAAAAUCAGCACCACGAUAGUUCAGAAGAGACUAACCAGGAAGCCAUGUUAACACUUAUGAAAAGUCAGUUUUUGUUAGAAGGAGGUCAUUCGCUUGUCAUUGGUGCUCUGAACACGUUUAUUGGAAAUCCAGGCAUUCAGAGGUGUGGACUUCAAAUACUUUCCACUAUAAAAGAACGUCCAACUUUAUUACAAAUGUUAUCCAAUCUCGGAAUGGCAGAUACUCUGCUCCACACACUACAGAUGUAUCCAGAUGAUCAAGAAAUACAACGCUUAGGUUUAAACUUUCUGGGAUCCUUGAUAUCAGAAAAGAUCUUAUGUACAGCCACUUUCUAUGCCUUGGUAUCCCCUUUGGUUUCGACGUUACGACGCUUUAAGGAUGUUGUCGAAAUUCAGGCUCAGGGAUUUCAAAUGAUUACAACCAUACUCGACUCAUCCCCUUGGUUUGCAAAGCUGCUCAUACAGGAAUCGUUCGAGACCUGCCUCUUCUACCAGCUCUCCGUGUGUUUUAAUGAACAAAGAGAUCAGCAGUUUCAAAGCCUUUGCUGUAAAUGCUUUGCGAAAAUAACUGAACACGACGACUUGAAAAACCUGAUGCUGGAGAAGGCCUGUGAGGAAUGCAACAGCGCUAUGGCCGAGUGUUUGCUGCUCCUGGGCGCCGACGUAAAUAGAAGCUCGAAGGAAAAACCCUUAAUUUACGAAGUACGUAAGUUAAAAACCGCGGGCAGACAGGCUCAAAUCAUCAGUCUGCUUCUGAAAAAACUUUGCCUGGAUGUGACCAACCGCAGCAUUUGCCUGGGAGGAUUCGGUAUCGGGCGCAUCGAACCUUCGUGGCUGAUCCCCUUGUUUCCAAGCAGACUUGCAUCCUCCCGGAAACAAACCAAUCCAAGUUCUCCCUUGGCCGUAAUGAUCCUUCGAUACCAGAGGACGAGUAGUUACGAAGAUCAGUCAAGACGAUCUGACAUAAAUAGCCAGAACGAUGAAAUGCAGAAGUUUGAAGAAUGGACGUUCUUACCUGACCCUUUAGUGGACAGCGUUUUCUCGUUGACCGAUGAUGUAGACAGCGAAGGGAGUGAAAGCUCGUUUAUAGUGAGGCAGAAAUCUUACUCUGUGGCAGCUGUCGACCGCCAGAAACCUCUUCAGACGUAUACUCCUCCGCUACAAAGACAUUCCAAGUCUGUGGGGGCUGGCUCACCUUACGAACCGCUAAAGUACCAAAGGAGAAAAAACAUGUUUUCUGAAGACUCGAACAAAGGCUCAUCUGUAUCCCAAUCCAGCAUGACGAGCUCGGACAGCUUCCCUUCCCUGGUCUCUGACAGAGAAUAUAUUAAAUCCCUCGAUUUGUCCUCAAAUGAGCUGGAGAAUAUAGAUCUCAUCGGUCAGAGUCUUUUCUUACUUACACACUUCGAACACCUCGACAAAUUAGAACUGCAUCACAACCAGCUUUCGUGCGUUCCGAAGCAACUCUGCGAGACCAUGAAAUGUUUGACUUAUCUCGACCUCCACAGCAACCGUUUAAAGUCUUUCCCACAAUGUCUCUUGGAAAUGCCUCAGAUCGUUCACCUCGACGUUUCGCGAAAUGAAAUUGGACCUACCUUAUGUUUCAGUCCAACGAUCACCUGUCCAAUGCUAAAAUUACUCAAUUUGUCAUACAACCAACUGUUGGGCAUCCCUAGAUACCUUGGCAAUAUUCUCAUCAAGCUGGAACAUCUUAUAUUAGAAGGUAACAGACUUUCAACGUUAGUCGCGCGAACCAGUUUGAAAGAACUGAAAAGUUUAAACAUCAGCAAGAACGACAUAUCGUACCUGGAUACCGAAUUUCUGCAGGACUGCUUGAAAUUGGAAAUACUCAAUGCAGCAGUAAAUGGAAUUUAUACCAUAAAGAGCUUGCCUUGUAGCAUAACUACAUUGAAACUAUCUCAGAAUGCUUUUUUCACUGUUCCAGAGGCAAUUCUUCUUCUACCACAUUUGCGAUCGGUGGAUUUAAGCAGCAAUAGAAUUGGGAUGUUACCUGGGCCUGCAUUUUGGAAAUCGUCCAAUUUAAGAGAAUUGAUAUUUAACCACAAUCAAAUAAGCAUUCUAGAUUUGAAUGACAAAGCUUCUUCCUGGUCUCGGCUCGAAAAACUGCACCUGUCUAACAACAGAUUAAGAGAGAUCCCUCCUGACAUUGGAUUUCUGGAAAACUUGACAUCUUUUGAUGUUAGUUACAAUCCAGCGAUCCGGUGUUUUCCAGAUGAAAUGGGGAAAUUGUUGAAUAUUUGGGAUCUUCCUUUGGAAGGAUUACAUCUUAACUUAGAUUUUAAACACGUGGGAGACAAAGCAAGGGAUAUUAUCCGGUUCCUCCAACAGCGUUUAAAAAAAGCUGUCCCCUACCAUAGAAUGAAACUCAUGGUUGUUGGAAACGCCAGCAGCGGUAAAACAACCUUGUUACAACAGCUAAUGAAAUGCAAGAGGCCGGAUUUGGGACCCCAGAAGCCGACCAUCGGAAUUGAUGUGAAUGACUGGAAGAUCCCCCGAAGAGGCAAAAUCAAGAAAGAUACGGUUUUAAAUGUCUGGGACUUUGCAGGCAAAGAAGAAUUCUAUAGCGCUCAUCCCCACUUUAUGACUCAGCGAGCGCUGUACCUCGCGGUGUAUGACCUGAGCAAAGGAGAAUCAGAAGUGGAUGCCAUGAAACCAUGGCUGUUUAAUAUCAAGACCCGAGCAUCUUUCUCCCCUGUGAUUCUCAUCGGGACUCAUUUAGACAUCGCGAACGAGAAGCAGCGUAGAGCUUGCAUCAGUAAAAUCACCAAGGAGCUGAUGAACCAGAAGGGAUUUCCUAAAAUCCACGACUAUCACUUUGUGAACGCUACAGAAGAGUCGGAGUCCGUGGCUAAACUUCGACAAAUCAUCAUCAAAGAAUGCCUGGAUUUUAAAAUCAGAGACCAGCCCGUGAUUGGCCAGUUAAUUCCAGACAGCUACUUAGAACUUGAGAAGAGCAUUCUAGAAAUACGCAAAACUUUGCCGGCUGAAUUCCCCGUGAUUGGCCAGAGUCAGCUUUAUGAAUUGGUGCAAGAAAAGCAGCUGCAAUUGGACGAAAACGAGCUUUCCCACGCUGUGCAUUUUCUGAACGAAUCGGGUGUCCUGCUCCACUUUCAAGAUCCAGCACUUCAGCUCAGAAAUUUCUAUUUUGUCGAUCCCAAAUGGCUGUGCAAAAUCAUAGCCCAGAUCUUGACGGUGAAGGUGGAUGGUUUUACCAAAUACCCGAAAGGGAUCAUAAAGCGUUCGGAUGUGGAAAAAUCCCUGCUAAAGAACAGUAAAUUCCCUGAGAUUUGCAAGUGCCAAUACUUCAAGCUUCUAGAGAAAUUCCAGAUUGCUUUGCCGUUAGGAGAAGAUCAACUGCUUAUUCCGAGCAGCUUGUCAGAUCAACGGCCUGUGAUAGAAUUGCCUCACUGUGAAAACUCUGAGCUUAUUAUAAGAUUGUACGAGAUGCCGUAUUUUCCUAUGGGAUUUUGGUCCAGGCUAAUUAAUCGACUGCUUGAAGUGUCUUCGUACAUGCUUUCCGGAAGAGAACGAGCUCUUCGUCCGAACAAGAUGUAUUGGAGGCAAGGCAUAUAUCUGAACUGGUCUCCAGAAGCUUACACCCUGGUGGAAUCUGCAGUUCUGGAAAACAAUCUAAACAGCUUUCUAAAAAUCACGGUCCCUUCUUGCAGAAAAGGUUGCAUCAUUUUGGGGCAAGUUGUAGAUCACAUCGAUUCUCUUAUGGAGGAGUGGUUCCCGGGUUUAUUGGAAGUAGAUGUUUGUGGCGAAGGAGAAACGCUGUUGAAAAAAUGGGCCUUGUACAGCUUUGAGGAUGGAGAGGAACAUCAGAAAAUAUUGCUCGAUGACCUACUUAAAAAGGCAGAGGAAGGUGACCUCUUAAUAAAUCCAGAUCAACCAAAGUCUACCGUUCCAAUAGCUCAAAUUGCUCCCGAUUUGAUUUUGGCCGAUUUACCUAGAAACAUCAUGUUGAACAACGAUGAACUGGAAUUCCACCAAGCUCCAGAGAACCUUCUCGGUGAUGGUGGCUUUGGAUCUGUGUACCGUGCGGUUUAUAACGGCGAAGAAGUAGCUGUAAAGGUUUUUAAUAAGCACACGUCCCUUAGGCUGCUGAGACAGGAACUGACGGUGCUCUGUCACCUUCAUCAUCCCAGCUUGGUAUUCCUGAUGGCUGCAGCUGUGCGUCCUCGGAUGCUUGUCAUGGAAUUGGCCUCCAAGGGGUCUUUAGAUCGGUUGCUCCAGCAAGAAAAUGCAGGUCUAACCAGAACCUUACAGCACAGGAUAGCUCUGCAUGUGGCAGAUGGCCUGAGGUACCUACAUUCUUCCAUGAUCAUCUAUCGCGACUUAAAACCUCACAACGUCUUGCUCUUCACGCUUUAUCCCAAUUCAGCGGUCAUUGCCAAGAUUGCCGAUUACGGCAUUUCCCAAUAUUGUUGCCGAAUGGGAAUAAAAACCUCCGAAGGCACACCAGGAUUUAGAGCACCAGAAGUUGCAAGAGGAAAUGUUAUUUACAAUCAGCAAGCUGAUGUUUAUUCAUUUGGCUUGCUCCUGUAUGACAUUUUGACAGCUGGCGGGAGAAUAUUAGAGGGUAUAAAAUUUCCUAAUGAAUUUGAUGAAUUAGCUAUCCAUGGAAAACUUCCAGAUCCUGUCAAAGAAUACGGCUGUACCCCCUGGCCAAGGUUUGAAGAUUUAAUUAAGAAAUGCUUGAAAGAAAAUCCUCAAGAAAGACCUACAUCUGACCAGGUUUAUGAAAUGUUGAACUCUGCCGAAUUAGUUUGUUUCCUGAGACACAUUCCAGUGCCCUCUCCUUUUAUGUCGGAGUGCAUGGUGGCUAUAAACCAAAGUAACAAAAAAAACGGGAUCUGGAUCGGAAGUGGUGGCAGAGGGGAAGCCCAGCUGUCAUUUGUCGACGUAAAUACCGAUGAAGGCACCUGUAAAGACGUUGACGAUAUUAGGAUAUUGUGCUUGGCCUUGGUGACAUUUUCUGCGGAGAAGGAGAACUGGGUGAUUGCAGGAACCCAGUCAGGAUCCCUCUGGGCUUUUCACACCCAAGAUGGAGAACGCAAACAUCGGUUUCACACAAUGUCUGAUUCGGUCACCUGCCUUUACUGCAGUCCCUUGUCAAAGCAUAACAAGUACAGGAAUGUCUUUUUGGUGGGUACAGCCAAUGGACAGCUGGCCAUUUUUGAGGACCGGGCAGUCAAGGGCAAAUGUGCCGCACCCUUAAGGACGAUUCUCGUCGGAAGUGACAGCACUCCCCUGAUGUGUUUAAGUGAAUCAAAUUAUUCCUCUGACAGAAGUACCAUCUGGGGCGGCUGUGGAUCCAAAAUAUUAUCGUUGUCCAGCGACUUGUCUACCCACAAACUCAUUGAGACCAAGACGAGUCAGCUGUUAUGUCACAAGGACUACUGCGAUGCCAAUAUUAUUUCUAUAGCAGUAGACAAAUUUAUCUACUUGGCAAAGAAGGACAGCUAUUUCGUUGAGAUUUGGGACAAAAAGACAGAGAAGCUUUGUGAACUAAUAGACUGUGUGCAUCUACUAAAAGCUGGGGUACCAAAACUGAACACAGAAUCAAAACAAAAACUCGCUUACCCGGGACGAGUGAAGAGCAUCUGCCUUCAGAAAAAUACGGCAUUGUGGGUCGGCACCGGAGGAGGCCACCUCUUACUGCUUGACCUGUCCACCCGCCUCCCCAUAUGGAUAAUACAUGAUUUCUGUCGUUCGGUGAGAUUCAUGAUGACAACCCAACUAGGUGCCCUCAAGAAUGUUGUUUUAAUCUUGGGUUAUAGCCAGGAAGAAGAGAGUGAAGACGGACACAUUAAAGGUAAGGAUGAUCAUUCUUCUGUGUCUAUCUGGGAUGUGAACCUGUCCCACGAAGUGCAAAACCUGAGGAAACAUAUUGUGAUGAGGCAAGCGCUAGCAGAGAAAAUGAAGCAUUUUUCGUUGGAUUAACUUGAAGGAAUUCACUAGAUUUACACGAGACCACUGAAGUUAAUUUCGUCGAAGUAGGACGGGGUGAAAUACUCGUGACAUGCAACAUUGCCACUUCGUUUCUUUUAAAGUGAAACAAAAAUAUUAAUUACACAGCAGUGUUUAAUAUUCCACACGAAAAGGAUAAAAGUGUGGCAGCACAAAAAAUUAUUUCUUCUGGUUUCAGAUGCCAUUUGGUUUAAAUUAAUUCUCUUUUGCUACUCUUCCUCCUCUUAUUUAUAUCUUUCCGUAGGUAUAAUUCAAUACGAUUUAACUGUUUUAAGUACACGAAUCAAAAUACAGAAGCUAUUUAAAUACCAGGAAAUGAAAGGCAUUGUAAAUAUAAUUUUUGAUAACACCAACUCACCCUUGGGUAUUUUUCAGAAUAAUUUGGAUGAAAUGCUUCAAGCUUCAUGUCAGCCCAAUGUUUUUCUCUGGGUUUGUGUUCAGCUCACAUUUCCCCCCCCCCCCAGCUUCUGUCCAAGGUGCUACUGCUGCUUUAAGGAUUUAACUUAUUAAAUUUAAAGUGACCUUUAAUAAAAGUUUACACAAAUGCCAAGAUUUUCUCAGGUUUUGGAUGGAAGCCAGAAAAAGGAAGACUUUUAAUGAAUUACAGGGAACUGCUGGAGAUCUGUGAACAUUUCAAAAUCAGAUGAAGUGUUAAUUAUCACUUUAUACUGCAUUGGUAAGACGCAUUGAAUGCUGCAUCCAGUUCUGGUCACCGCAAUACGAAAAAGAUGCUGGGAUUUUAGAAAGAGUGCAGAGAAGAGCAACAAAGAUGAUUAGGGGACUGGAGGAUAAAACAUAUGAAGAACGGAUGCAGGAACUGGGUAUGUCUAGUUUGAUGAAAAGAAGGACUAGGGAUGACAUGAUAGCACUCUUCCGAUAUCUCAGGGGCUGCCACAAAGAAGAGGGAGUCAAGCUAUUCUCCAAAGCAUCUGAAGGAAGGACAAGAAGCAAUGGAUGGAAACUCAUCAAGGAGAGAAGCAACCUGGAAUUAAGGAGAAACUUCCUAGCAGUGAGAACAAUGAAACAGAGGAACGAAUUGUCUCCAGAAAUUGUACUCCAUCACUGGAGGUUUUCAGGAACAGUCUGGAAAGCCAUUUGUCCAGAAUGAUACAGGGUUUCCUGUUUGAGCAGAGGGUUGGACUAGAAGACCUCCAAGGUCCCCUCCAACUCUGUUUUUCUGGAUUCCUUCCUAACAGUUUUCACAAUGGGGAGGACAAAUAGGUUCGCAGUUACUGUUACUCAGAUGUGAAUUUUCACAUCUGAAUGUUGCAUUUUGCAUCCAGCGAUAAAGAGAGGAUUCUCUAUCAAUAUAUUGACUUUGGUAUUAUCCAGUCGUUUAUAACCAAUGUGCAAAACUUGGCUGUGUUAUUUCUUUCCCUAAAUAUACCGUGUUUCCCCAAAAAUAAGUCCCAGCUUUAUAUUAAUAAUUUGCUCCAAAAGACGCAUUAGGGCUUAUUUUCUGGUUAGGUCUUAUUUUGGGGGAAAUACGAGCCGAGCAUUUGGAGGCCCUGGUUUGGUGAGAGGCCAUUAGUUGAGUCUAUAACUCAAUGCCAGAGAAAAUUCCCUAUUAAGAAAAGGGAAGCAAAUUGAGGCCUUAAACAGAGCCCUUUUACUUUAAUUAAGGCUUCUGGAUGCAGACACUAUAAAGACCUGCACAGUAGUUAGGCCUCAGAAGCCACGAGGAGCACCCAAAAUGGUGGCCGCAAUGACUCAGCUUUUUCAAAAUGGCGGCCGCCAGUAAUAAAGGGGCAAGGGAAGCCCGAGACCAAAAGGUUUUGUUACUUUACCCCUCAGGAGCUCCGAAUUCACCACUGGAGAAGUGGAGCAUGUGGGGGGAUUCCCCAGGAACGCUUAUUUUGGGGGUAGGGUUUAUGAGCAUCCUGAAAAAUCAUGCUAGGACUUAUUUUCCGGUUGGGUCUUAUUUUCGGGGAAACAGGGUAUUGUAGACCUUUCUACGUUUUGUGAACGCAACUAAGAUUCAGUUACUAACAACUUGAAUCUUGGUGGCAUGUUACAAGCACGGGGAUAUCCUUUUCUGAUUUACGCUGCUGGGAAGCCUUUUUUGAACCCCGAAACUUCUGGAAUCAGAGAUUGCUUUUUCCCUGAAACAAAUUGGAAUUAUUAGGAAGAGGAAAGAAAAAUGUAAAAGUGCCAACUUCUUUUAGUGCCACAGCUGGAAGAAUAAAGUCUGCUCACAAGAUAUUCUAGACAUUUUAAAUCCCCAUCUGGAAAUACGAAAAAAAGAACUUUUUUUUUUAUAAUGAGACUGUGGUUGCAGAUUCAUCGCUGUGACACUCUCGGGAAAGCUUUAUUUUUCCAUAACUGUUUUGUGUAUAUGCAAAAAAUGUAAUUUAAAAAUGUAAUUUAAAUUACAAAAAAUGUAAUUUAAAAAUGUAAAUGUAUAUCUUAAAACAUAACCAGCAUUUCUGUAUCUUAAAGCAAAGCAAUUUGUUCUGUAUAUUAUUUGGGAUCUAAUCUGUGCGGUUAACAGAGUUUUAUUUGCAAUUAUUUCAAAUCAAAUAAAAUAUUUUCAUACC